CCAUCUGUUACCCACAAUACCCAACCAAGAACAGAGCAAAACAUACCCACAAACCAAACCUCUCAAUCUCGCUAUCUCCCUCUCUCAAUCUCGCUAUCUCCCUCUCUCAAUCUCGCUAUCUCCCUCUCAAUCUAAAGCUAUUUCCACACAAAUACUCUCAUUCUGCCUCUCAAUCUCGCAAAUACUCCCAUUCUCCCUCUCAAUCUCGCGAUCUGCUUCAUUCUCCGUCUCCGUCUCGCUCUCGGUCUCCCUCUCACAAGAUAUGGACCCACAUGGAGCUAUACAGACUUUGUGCACGAGGCAGGAUAAGCAUCGUUCAAGUUUGCUUUUCGAUGCUCAUUUGGAAGGCGAGGAAGUGCCAGGUGUAUUGACUUGUCGUCACCGAGACAAAGGUCUGCUUGAAGGAGGGGUAGAUGGGUUAGAUCCACGAAUUCUCGCUUAUAUCACUGAUGCGGGGUUAGAUGGGCUGCUUCGAGUCCCACAUAUGGACAUUGACCACGCAUUGAUCACAGCGUUGGUGGAGAGAUGGCGGCCGGAGACGCACUCAUUUCACUUGCCCCACGGUGAGAUGACCAUCACACUACAAGAUAUGGAGGUUAUAAUGGGGGUACCUGUAGAUGGCUUGCCGUUGGUGGAAUCUAUACCCUCGACGGGCAGUUGGCGUGAAGUCUGCAGAAGAUUGCUAGGGCGUAAUCCGCCAAGUAGAGAACUUAGAAACCCAAGAAAGAACACUGGAGUGCUGGAAGGGGCGAGCAUAAAAGCCAAAUGGCUUGAGGAUCAGUUUCGCGACCCUCUCCCGGUUGACGCCCCUGAGGCGUUUGUGCAGGAGUAUGCUCGUUUUUACAUAUUGGAGUUGUUAGGUGGUACGCUAUUUAUGGAUAAGUCUGGAGAACGGAUCUCAGUUAGGUAUUUGCAAUAUUUCGAUCCAAUCAGCAAUGGAAAGAAGUAUAGUUGGGGUAGUGCAGCACUAAGUUGGCUCUAUAGACACCUUUGUAAGGCAUCAGAGAAGACAGCCAAGCAGAUUGGGGGUGCACUACUAUUGGUGCAGUUGUGGGCGUGGGCGAGGUUUCCCCACAUAUGUCCUGUGAUGAGGCAUCCACACCAGGCACUGCCUCCAGGUCCACUUGCUGUCAGGUAUGUAGCAUCUUAGAUAGUUAUCGUUUUACAUUU